UUGAGCACAGCUUGGUGGUCCUUUCCCAGCAAGACCCAAAGGCCAACAGCUUCCUUUUGCUGGGAAGGUCCUGGAUGCCUCUUCCAAUGAUGGGGCAGGAUGUGGAGCGGCAGAGACAAUGUGUCCUGCCCUCCCCGCCUGCCCCUCUGGUGGGAGGGAGAGAGGUGUCCCCGCCGGCUGGCUCACUAUCAGCUGCUGUAACCAGGGAAAAGGGGAAGGCCGUGCCUUGGGACGUGAUGAUAACCAGGGGGAUGCGGCGGAGCAAGAGCCCACAACCUGGCACAGCCUGCUGCAGUGUUGCUUCGCCAUGGAGGGCCCCCGCCAGGGCUGCUGCCUUCUCCUCCUCCUCCUCCUCUGCCUGAUCCUGCCACCAGGUAUGCUGGGCCCACCACCGGCGGAACCCCGGGACCCACUGCCGCCGCCGCCUGUCACUGCUGAUCCUGCUGCCCACCUGCUGCGUGGCCACCCCUCAGCCCCGGUGCGGCCCUACAGCCUCUCGCUCUCCCCCGAGGACUACCGCUACUCUCCCAAGCCCCGGCACCUGCGGCCAGGGCGGCUGCGCCGGCUGCUGGGCUCAGCCUUUGACCCUUUCUGGAUGUCAGCUGAGGAGCCCCGGAGCCGCAACGGCAGCAUCCACAAGGAAAACCUGGAGUCCCUGAGCCGGGACCUGGCGGAGGGAGCCGGGCGCUACCGCCGCAAGCUGUGGCGAGAGACGGAGGGGCUGGAGCUGCCCACCCUGCUUCCCCCUGGCCUGGGGCUGCCCCCUGAGCUGCCAGAGGCCCUGGCCCGCCGCCUGCGGCAGUGGCUGGUGGAGCGGGCUGCCUGCCGCCUCACCUCUGCCUGGGUCGAUCUGGGACCCAUUUUCUGGCCCCGCUGGGUGCGCCACACUGCCUGUGAGACCGGCACCCCCGGCUGCUCCUGGCCCCCCGGCAUGACCUGCCGCCCCGCACAGCUCACCCACAUCAAGCUGCUGGCCUGGCACUGCUGGGUGCCCCGGUCCCCCGUCUCCCCGCACUGCGCCUGGCGGCAGAUCCCUUACCCUGUCGUGGCCGCCUGCAAGUGCUCCUGCCGCUGAGGGGGCUGUGGAGAGACCCCCCCCGGUGCCUGUUCCUGCAGCCAAACAGCCUGAAGAGGCGAGCAGCCAACUGGACUCACCGCCCGGGUUGGAGGGAUGGCGGGGUUUACCCAAACUGGAGAAAUAAACCACCAGAAGGAAGUGGGGAGUGGCUGCAGGCAUUGCUGUUUCUUGCUGAAGUCCCUGGAGUGGUGGUGGGAGGGGGAUGACUGCUUCACCCAUCACCGGUGUGGGGAGGCAUUAGCACCAGUGGGAGGCCCUUGCACGGUGUUUAUCUCCAGCGAAGGAUGUGGGAUGGGAAAAUCAUAUUACCUGACGGCAGGUUCAGACCCCAUUUGCAUCAGCCCCAGCAGGCUUGUUCCAAGCUGGGGCUUCCCUGUCUGCCUGGGCAGGGAGAAAGGGCAUGGGGGUGCUGGCAGGGAAGGGGUGAGAAGGAGGUGGGUCACAGCUCAGGGUGGAAGCAGUGGUGUGGGGGCUGGAGGGCACCAGCAGGAAGGGAGGCAGGUUUGGGACUGCAACGAGGCAGCCUGGCGAGGGUGGAAGAAGUGGGGGGUGGGCAGGGACCCAGGGCUGGAAGCAUCUGGGGGGGUUGGGGUGUAUGGAAACAGGAUGGGACAGGACAGUCCCCUACUUUGAGGUACAACAGGUGAGAUACAGGGAUCUGAUGCCUAUCCCACAUGG